UCCAACUCCAAUCACCCGCCAACCGCCCUCCUCUCUCCUCAUUAACUCCCUCCCUCUCUUUUAGUAUUGAUCUGCUUCCCUCCCUCCCUCCCUGCCUAUUUGACUCCAAUCCAUCUAUCCCCAUGGCCUCCUCCGCCGCCGGCAUCCUCCCCACGCACACCGCCCCCUCCUCAACCUCCUCCAAGCCCCCACCCACCAAGGACCCUCGCCGCCGGAGCUGCCUCUGCGUCUGCCUCCUCGUCACCCUCGCCGUCCUGCUCGCGCUCGCCAUCACCCUCCUGGUCCUCUUCCUCACCGUCCUCAAGGUCCGGAACCCCACCACCCGCCUCGUCUCCACGCGCCUGGCGGGGGUCGCCCCGCGCCUCACCUUCCCGGCCAUGUCCGUCCAGCUCAACGUCACGCUGCUGCUCACCGUGGCCGUGCACAACCCGAACCCGGCCUCCUUCGCCUACGACACCGGGGGCCACACCGACCUGACCUACCGCGGCGCGCACGUGGGAGACGCCGAGAUCGACCCGGGCCUCAUCCCCAGCAAGGGCGACGGCGAGGUCAAGCUGGCGCUCACGGUGCAGGCGGACCGGCUCGCGGCCGACCUGGCGCAGCUGGUGGCGGACGUGGAGAGCGGGUCGGUGGCCAUGGAGGCCAGCACCAGGAUCCCCGGGAGGGUCACCAUCCUGGGUAUCUUCAAGAGGCACGCCGUGGCAUACUCCGACUGCAGCUUCGUCUUCGGCGUCGCGGAGAUGGCGGUGCGCAGCCAGCAGUGCCACGACAGAACCAAGCUAUGAUGAUCCAUCCGUCGUGGGAAGGAAGCAUCUGGUUGCCUGCUUGAGAUCUGCCCGUGACUCCCGGUGUGGUGCGGGUUCACGUCACGUCACGUCACGUGUUGGGGUUGGUUUGCGGGUCGUGCUUGCCCGUCGCCGUCGGCAGCGCCCACGCAGCCCUCUCAUGGCGUCGCCUCGGCAUCAUACUCUUCGUCUCAUCACCACGUUAGAGAGAUAGAUGUAUCCGUAUGUAUGAUUCUGGGUUUGAUCAUUGCUUGCUUGGGUACAUAAACGCAAUAGGUUGAAUGGAUGGAUGUGCAGGUGCUUGCGCUUUUUGUUUAGACUACUUUUUAUAUUACGCUUUGGUGACCCCGGCCCUUUUUCUUUUUCACAACCUUUUCUUUUCUAGUAUACUGGUGUCGCGUUUUCAUCGCAACUACAGGCCUAUCUUUUAGGAGAGUUGUGGCUUUAGGAAAACAUAAAUAAACUUUAUGUAAAAAUCUGAAUGGAACUUUGCUUAGAGAUGAGA